ACCUCCAGCCCCAAGACAUGUCCUGCUACAACCCGUGCCUGCCAUGCCAGCCCUGCUGCCCGACCCCGCUGGCCAACAGCUGCAAUGAGCCCUGUGUCAGGCAGUGCCAGAACUCCACCGUCGUCAUCGAGCCCUCUCCCGUGGUGGUGACCCUGCCCGGACCCAUCCUCAGCUCCUUCCCGCAGAACACCGUUGUGGGAUCCUCCACCUCCGCUGCUGUUGGCAGCAUCCUCAGCUCUCAGGGAGUGCCCAUCACCUCUGGGUGCUGUGACCUCUCUGGCAUUUCCAGCCGCUACUGCGGGAGAACAUGCCUCCCCUGCUAAAGCUGCCGCAGGCGGCCCCACAGGAGGACCCCCAGGAACCCAGAAGACGGUAAUG